UCUAGAUGAAGUAUUGAUCAAGGAUUUAUGUCAUGUCCUAUAUUGAUACAUCAAUUUAAGAUCUUAUCAUGCAUCUUAUUGAUCUGCUGUGCUACAAUUAGAAUCCAAAAGCAAAUGGCAAUGUAUAUAAUAAAGAGAUUCUAAUUGUGGCACAAUAGCAGCCAUUUGUUUAGAGGUAGCUUGACGUUGGAAUGGACCGCGAUGGAGACGGUUGUAAUUUGCAUGGUAAACACCUUGUUGCACACCAUCCCUACGCUUGCCUUCCUAACCGCGUCUCGCCCCGUUGUUUCCGAUCUGAACUCUUGAAAAGAUCCGAAACCUGGUCCUUUCCUACCUUAUCGGGAUCGUUGUGCUCGACCCAUGAUCUGUCGACACGCGUCCGUAGCCCUCCUCUUCUUGUCGAAGCUCCCCGCACCCUUCCCGCCACCUGUCUCCAUCACAAAAAGGCAUCACCGCGCCAGUUAAUCAUGCGCCGUCCAUCUCCCCCUCCGAUAUGGCCGAUCUGCCCCCACUGCUCUACGCCACCCCUUUCUUCCGCCUUCCCCCAUUUAAUAUUAUCCGGAACAGAACCUUCUGGAAGCGCCUAUAAGGUUUCCGCCCUACCCGGUAUUCCCACCCUUCCUUUUCUUCCACCCAAAACUUGGUCUUCCUUCCAGAGAAAUCGAGAACCUUUCGGGUGGUGAUCCGGCGGCGAUGGCGCCUCCGCCCUUGCCUUCCGCCGCCGCCGAGAAGGCCGCCGAGCAGGUGUCGCCGGAUGGACAGCGGUCGCUCCCGACGCCUUUCCUUACAAAGACGUACCAGCUCGUGGACGAUCCGUCGGUGGACGACAUGAUAUCGUGGAACGAGGAUGGGUCGACUUUCGUGGUGUGGCGGCCCGCUGAGUUCGCCCGCGAUCUCCUCCCCAAGUACUUCAAGCACAACAAUUUCUCCAGCUUCGUCCGCCAGCUGAACACCUAUGGAUUUCGGAAGAUUGUGCCCGAUCGGUGGGAGUUCGCCAACGAUUGCUUCCGAAGAGGCGAAAAGCGCCUCCUUUGCGAUAUCCACCGCCGCAAGAUAACCCAAGCCGCCCCGGCCGUGGCGGGGCCGGCCGCGGUGUCUGUUCCAGUAAAUCGGGCAGGGUCACCGGCGAACUCGGGGGAGGAGCAGGUCCUCUCGUCGAACUCCUCUCCCGGGCCGCCUCCUUCCGUGGCCGCCGGAUCCAGCAGCUCGGUGGAGCUGACGGAGGAGAACGAGAGGCUGAGGAAGGAGAACACGCGGCUCUCCCGCGAGCUCGCCCAGAUGAAGAGCUUGUGCAGCCACAUCUCGGUCCUGAUAUCGAAGUACGCGGACGAGGGCGGCGGCGGGAGGGCGGCGGAGGCCCCGCCUCCGCCGUCGACGGUUCUGGAGCUUAUGCCGGCGAGGCGAGAGGAGGAGGAGCUGGAGGAGGAAGAUGAGGAGGAGGAGCUGCAGGAGGCGGAGACGGAAACGGGGAUGGAGGUGGAAGGGGCUGUGAAGGCGGAGGAGAUGACGAGCGCGCGGCUCUUCGGGGUGUCGAUCGGAGGGAAGCGGGCGAGGGAGGAGGACAAGGCCGAGGAUCCAACGCCGGAGGUGAAGUCAGAGCCGUCGGAUCCGGCGUCGGACACGAAAGAGGACAUCUCGCCGGAGCGCCAUCAGCGGUCAUGGGUGGUGUAUUGCCCUCGGCCGGUGAGGAGGGCGUGCCAUGGAGCCGAAGGGGGUGUUGGAGACCGGGACGGAUCGCUCACGUGACUCACGUGACGACAACUGGACCGCGAAGAAGUGUGCAGCUGUAGAUCUAAUUCGUGCUGUGUAGAAUGCAAUUUUAGCGGUACUAGAUUAAUAAGUGGGGGAGUCCAAAGAUUCCAUGUGCGUGCAGGUGCUUCUUUCGUUCCAUCGCACGAGUUGUGAGCCGCAUCGAUGCACCAAUAGCUUGAUCAUCUGUGCACGUGUUGAUUGAUGCGUUGCCGACACGGUGACUGAUGAUGCUGAUGAGGAUGCGUUGCUAAUACGAUGAUGAUUAGAUUUUUA